GAUUCCUAGGUCAGUAAAGAUUAGUGGUGAAAUUCGUGUAUGCGCGAGUGCAGUGGCGUUGUAUUCGUUGUGUGGCUGUGCGCACUUGUCAGUGCGUUCUCUGCCUCUUUCCUCGAGGUGCUUCCUGUCACCGUACUAUUCUUUCAAAUUUGUUUUUCGAUGGCAUCCCCCGAGUCGAAAUCGCCUGAACAGUCGGAGAAAAAUCGGAAAUACGAUCGCCAGUUGAGAUUAUGGGGCGACCAUGGCCAAGCAUCUUUAGAAGCUGCUCAUGUCUGUGUCAUAAAUGCCACUGGACUUGGCACAGAGGUACUGAAAUCACUAGUGCUUCCAGGUAUAGGAGCGUUCACCAUAGUUGAUGGCAAAAAGAUCACUGAGGAGGAUAUCGGGACUAACUUUUUUCUAGAAACUGAUAGUGUUGGAAAAUCCAGAGCACAAGUGGCUACUCAAAUGCUCUUGGAAAUGAAUCCAGAUGUGACUGGCGAUUAUAUCGACGAAGAGCCUGAACAAAUUUUAUCCAACAGCCCAGACUUUUUUAAUAGCUUCACCGUAGUUGUGGCGACUGCGCUGACUGAAAAAAUAUUGAUUCUUCUGUCGAAAAGACUUUGGGAACUGAAUAUUCCUCUGAUAGUAUGUAAAAGCCUAGGCUUUGUUGCAUAUAUGCGGAUUCAAAUAAAAGAGCACACAGUUGUAGAAACCCAUCCGGACAAUGAAACGCUAGAUUUACGUCUAGACAGGCCGUUCGAUAGCUUGAAGAAACACAUAGAUUCCAUAAAUCUAGAUGAAAUGAGUUUUAAAGAUCAUUGCCAUGUACCAUAUUUAAUUAUCUUGUACAAAUAUUUAGAAAAAUGGAUUUCUGAGCAUGGCACUUUACCGACAACUUACAAAGAGAAACAGCAGCUCAAAGAUAUGAUAAAGAGUGGCAUGAGGCGCGAUGAACACGAUUCAUCUAAUAGUGAGGAAAAUUUUGAGGAAGCUAUGAACUCUGUAAAUAAAUGUUUAAGAGUGAGCGAUAUUCCCGAUAGUGUUAUAAAUAUUUUAAAUGAUGAUCGUUGCGUUAAUUUGACAGCGAAGAGCAGCUCUUUCUGGAUUAUUGCGAAAGCGGUGCGGGAUUUCGUCGAUAAUGAAGGAAAAGGACUGCUACCACUUAAGGGUAACCUGCCCGACAUGACUGCGGAUACUGAAAAAUACAUUGUACUCCAACAAAUUUACCAUAAACAAGCAGCAGCAGAUGCAGAAGCCAUAUGGAGACGCACUCUACAAUUAUUACGACAAUUGGGAAGAUCGUCAGAUUCGAUUUUAGAAAAGGAUGUUAAGCUAUUUUGUAGACACGUCGCUAACAUUCACGUAGAAAAAGGAAGCUGUAUCGCAGACGAGUACGAUCCUAAAGUUUUUGAUACUAAUAUAAUAGUUCAAAAUUUAGAGAAUCCAGAGAGUAUGAUGAUUUAUUAUGUCAUGCUCCGGGGAGUUGAUAAAUUCCAGGCAGAAUAUAAUUCGUAUCCCGGCGAAUUUGAUGAUCAAGUGGAACCCGAUAUCGUAAAGCUUAAAACAUGCCUCACAAAGCUGUUGAGCGAAUGGGGAUGUGGUCCGUUAGCCAAAGACGAUUACGUGCACGAGCUUUGUCGAUUCGGUGGUGCAGAAUUGCACUCCGUUUCGGCAUAUUUAGGUGCGCUUGCAGCGCAUGAAACCAUCAAGCUCGUCACGAACCAGUAUAAACCUGUUCAUAAUACUUUCAUCCAUGAUGCCGUCACAUCGAACUCCGGAACGUUCUUCUUCUAAAACCGUGAAUUGUUUAAUGUG